AUCUGACUACUUUUGGUCCCCUUACAGUGUGCACGGCAGUCUGUGCUCUGCCCCACAUUUUAUUUGGCAAUUCUCACCACCGCCGCUGCGUAAAAGCCACCGCGCUGCGCUUGGAAAUGUAGUUGUUUUUGCGCACGCCGGGGUCUCCCAAAAAAAGAAAAAUGGACCUAAAAUCCGAACUCCUCAAGUCUAUCUGGUACGCUUUCACAUCGCUGGACGUCGAGAAGUGCGGGAAAGUGUCGAAAUCGCAGUUAAAGGUGCUUUCCCACCACUUGUACACAGUGCUGAACAUCCCACUCGACCCCGUGACCCUUGAGGAGCAUUUCCAGGACGAUGAUGACGGGCCAGUGUCUAAUCAUGGCUACAUGCCUUACCUCAACAAAUAUAUACUAGAUAAGGUCAAAGACGGGAUGUUCGACAAGGAGAAGUUCGACGACCUGUGCUGGAUGAUGACCAUGAAAAAGAACUUCAAGGGGCUAAAAAAGGAUGGACUGCUUUCAGAGAGAGACUGUUUCAAACUCUUUUGUUUAUUCAACCUCCUGUCUGAGGACCGCUACCCGCUGGUGAUGAUUCAAGAGGAGGUGGAAUAUCUACUCAAGAAAAUCUCCACAGCAAUGAACCAGGAGUGGGAUGGGAGACCCUUUGAGGACUUAAUAUCCGAGGAUGCUGUAGCACGGGAAGAGGGCAUGUCUGUGUGGGCCUUCCUGGAGCACAUGGGUGCAAGCAGGCUGCUGAGGGUCACCAGUCCUGAGGCCUUCAGUCUGGCACUGAACGAGGUCUAUCUGGAGAUGUACCAAAAUGUCCUGAAGAGUGGCUACAUGUGGAAAAAAGGGCACGUACGCAGGAACUGGACUGAGCGCUGGUUUGUGCUGAAGCCCUCCUCCAUAGCUUAUUACAUCAGCGAGGACCUCAAAGACAAGAAAGGGGAGAUCAAGCUGGAUAAGACCUGUGUCGUAGAGCCUGUUCCAGACAGAGAGGGGAAACGCUGCUUGUUUUGUGUGAAAACCCCAAACAAAACCUAUGAGAUGAGUGCGUCAGACCAGAGACAGAAGGUCGAGUGGACUCAAGGCAUCCAGACAGCCCUCCGUCUCCAGAACGAGGGCAAGUCCUCACUUCACCACGAACUCAAACUGAAGAGACGGGUCCAACGGGAACACAGCCAACGGGAGCGCAGCCGGAGCAGCUGCAGCAGUCGGAGCAGCCAAUCGGAUGAAUUUGCUAUCCAAGAGAUGGAAAGGUUGGAGAAAGAGAAAGACAGACAGGAUCAAGAGAUAGAAACCAUCAUCCAGCAAGCACGUGAAUUGGAAACCCAGCGAAGGGAGAAAGAGGAGAAAGAGAGGAAGAAGCAGCGGGAGGUGCAGAUGGAGUUGGAGAGACAGCUGCGAGAGGCCGAGAUGUUGAGAGACAGCAUGCAGGCUGAGAUGCAGGAGAGGGCACGGGAGGCCGAGCAACAGAAGAAAAGGAUCCAGGAGUUGGAGAUGACGCAAAGUAAACUGGAAGCUGCUCUCCACAUGGAGAUCCAGGCUCGACAGGAGGAGGAGAGGGUCAGGCAGGAACUGGAGAGGGUGCUGCAGGCUGAAGACGAGAAGAAGAAGCAGUUCCAGCUCCUUCAGGAGCAGCAGAGCCUCAGCCCCACACAGGACCCCUCAGAUGACAGUAUGAAGGAUGAUGAUGCCCCCUCGGCCCUCCACUCGGCCUCUCAGGAACUCCAGGAUCUGCGUGCAUCUCGCCAGAGGAGCCACCGACGCCUGGAGGAGGUACAGGAGAAGCUGAGGAAUGCAAGUCAACACGUCCGGCACUGGAACGUCCAGCUGAACCGCCUGAUGACGCCCAUCAGUCCUGGAGAACGAUUGGAAAGUCGCCUGUCAUCAAAAAGCACGUGUCCAAAACAGGAAGGCGCUCUGGCCAGUAACGAGUUUAUCACUAAACUCAAGAUAAGAACCGAUCGGAGCAGCGAGACACCUGAGAACAACGAGACACUCGAGGAGCAGGUGGAAGCCCCAAACCUGUCAGAUGGGUCGGAUGAAUCGCUUGAAAAAUCCAACGGACAAAUAUGAUCACCAGGUUGACGGUUU